UAAAGAGCCGUUAGGAGCGCACACAGCCGCUUUAAAGUCUCACCCAGUCCCUGCCACUGUGGAUCAUGACACUUCGGACGUGCCAGCCUUAAGGUGGAUCUUAUUCCUCACCGAGAAUGGAGUGGUAAAUUCCCAGUUUCGGGAUUUGUUUAGCUUUUUUUGUGUGUGUUUUGAAGCCGGUGAGUGCACUUGUUGCUCAGCCUCCGAGUGUAACGGAACAGGACGCUUCCAGAAAGAAACCGCAACAGGUUCAUCCACCAUCACCAGGACCCUUCAUCCCAAAAUCAGAAUCAACUGUGUGGGUAAAGACGAGUGUGUCCUGUUCACGAUGCCGGUGUUGACGAGUCCCGACAUGGCUCAGAAAUUUCAGGAGAAGUGGAUGCUGCUGCACCCGGAGGAUGAGGACAAUGUGGCCGGUGCGGUGAGUUUUGACGACAGCCUCACCAGCCUGCACUGGCUGCAGAACUUCUCCAUAGUGAGUGCUGCUCCAGACAGAGUUCCCGGCUUCGCCUGGCGCCCUCAGCAGCUCCUGCACCAACCGGGAGGCACCGAGUCUCCCUCCAGCCCUCCUGCCGGGGACACGGCCUCCUGCGGCACACCGCACACCCCAGGUAACCCCGGCGCAUCCUGCAGCAAACUGGCCGGAGCGAGCGCGUAUUCAGCGCUGUCUGGACAACAGUCGCACCAGGAGGUCGAUUACAAAACCAACCCGCAUGUAAAGCCGCCCUACUCGUAUGCCACCCUCAUCUGCAUGGCCAUGCAAGCCAGCAAGAAGACCAAAAUCACCCUGUCUGCCAUCUACAGCUGGAUCACUGAGAACUUCUGCUACUACAGACAUGCCGAGCCCAGCUGGCAGAAUUCAAUCCGCCACAACCUGUCGCUGAACAAGUGCUUUAUGAAGGUGCCCAGGCAGAAGGACGAGCCAGGAAAGGGGGGCUUCUGGCAAAUCGACCCCCAGUAUGCAGACAUGUUUGUUAAUGGUGUCUUUAAACGAAGACGAAUGCCAGCUACAAACUUCAGUACCCAGAGACAAACCAGACUGCUGGCCUCCUGCUCUUCUUACAGUUCUCAUCACAACCAACAAAUUGGCAUGGGCCACCAACCUGUUGUUGGAAGCAAACGCAAGCAGACCUGUCCAAAACAAGGUGGCAAAAUAGGAAGAAUGUCUCAGUCUCCUUUGUUAGCAAGCGAUAUCAAAACGUCAGACGUGCUCCGAGGAGAUUUUGACUUGGCCUCAGUGUUCGAUGACGUUCUAAGUGGAAACGGCAGCACGUUUGAAGACCUGGACAUCAACACGGCCCUGAGUUCUCUGGGCUGUGAGAUGGAGGUGUCCUCACAGAACCAGCACACAGCUACCAUGCCCAAAUGGUACAGUAACGAGGACGAGCAGGCUUGUGCUUACCUGGAGAUGAGCAGCACGAUAGGAUGCAACAUGGAAGACUUUCAGAACCAGCAGCACCAGCAGCAGCAGAUACAGACCCACUCGCAAUAUUAUGAGGGAAUGGCACUGUUUUCAGAUUUGCAUCAGCAGCAGCAGUCGUGGGAGAUUAAAGAGGAAAUGCAGGCCAUUCCUCUGUCUUUGGAUCAGGGCUACGGUCUGUGUGAAGGAUUUUUCUCUGAGAUGCCCAUGUGGGACAGGAGUGAGGCAUUUCUCUAACUUUUUUGGCAUACAUGAACUGUCACCGCUGAUCCGCCAGCCUGCUGACUUUGUCACUAUGUUUUGCUACAUUAGCAUAUAUUGAAUAAUACAAAAUACUAUGUAAUUAUUCUUUUUUUUACUUCUUUUGGACUCUUUUUUUGAGAAUCUAUGCUAAUCAUUGAUUAUCUUAGCCCUUUUGGAGAUUUUUGAUCCAUGAAUGAAUGAUUUAAUAACAUUUUCUUGACUACUGUUAAAUAUAUUCAAGUAGUAGCAUAUCAGUUUGUAGAUGAAUGAAGCUGAAUCUAUAUUCAUUUUAGUGUAAAUGAUAACCUCAUAAUAUGAAUGUCUUACUUUGUAGAUCUUUUAAGAACAUUGAAGGGAGAGGGGAUGCAACAAGCCAAAGUGCUUUGCAGAAAUAUUUUCACACUGAAACCCAGCACAAGCACUUUGAUGCAAUGUUUAUUUUUCGUUCCUGUAUGUCAACCUUAUAAAUUAUUUCAUAAAAUGUGCAAAAAAAUGUGGCUAGUUUCUUUUUUAUAUAGUUCCAUUCUUUUUACACAAGCUGUUUUAAAUGUCAUUAUCUCAUUUUUUAAUGAAUUGUAAAAGGCAAUAUUAUAUUCCUGGCAAAGUUUAGAGAUGUAUUUGUAUUGAUAUUGCUGAAAAAUUCAUUCUAACAUGCAAUCAAAUAAUAUACUGUACUUGAAUAAA